GCUGAAACUAUGGAGCGGCAGCUACUAUGUAGUUCAUCGAGUGUGAAGCACAAGAUGGAUGGAAAGCCACCGAGGGGAUUUUUUUUUUGUUUUGUUUAGUUCAUUACACUGCUUGUGGACCUCAGCGAGCGAACUGACUUGGAAUCGUACUUCACGUACACAUUUCCUUUUGCUUCAUACUGCUAAAUGACUGCUGCGACAGGAUCUUGACCCGCUAAAUUGUAUAAAUUCAGGCUAACGCGUAAGCUUAACUUUUGUGAACUUCCUCGAAUGUGUUGUAUCUUGAGAAAACUUUAGUGUGCUAAAUGUAGCCUCGGAGAUAUUUUCCUUCUGCAUCCACGUUGUUAUGUUGAUGUAUGUCACGCUGACCAACACCUCGUGUCAUGAGGUCCAGAGUCCCACAUGACACGAUGGCAUCGAAAGAAGCUUUGCUGAAGUGGUGCAGCCAAAUCUGCAUCUCUUACCCUCAAGUGGAAAUCACCAACCUGUCUACUUCAUUUCGAGAUGGACUUGCGUUUUGUGCCAUCAUUCACAAACACCGCCCAGAUCUCAUUGAUUUCAAAUCCCUCUCCAGAGCUAAUAUUUAUGAAAACAACCAACUGGCCUUUGAGGUUGCAGAGACAAAACUGGGCAUUCCUGCUUUCCUUAUCCCUAAAGAAAUGCUUGCUAUUGAGGUGCCUGACUAUUUGAGUGUCAUCACCUACCUUUCACAGUAUUACCACUACUUCAGCAGGCCAUCUAACGCAGGUUCUUCCAGUUUGAGGUCAACACACAUCAAGUCAUCAAACAAGCGUUCAACUUCCAUGCCCGGCAGUGAAGAACAUCAUUAUUCUGAUAGAAGUCUACACAGUGUUUGUCACUUUUGCAUCAAACCUGUUCAUCUCAUUCAGAGAAAUGUGAUCCACGGGGAGAUAUGGCACCGCAGUUGUUUUAGAUGCCAAGUAUGCCACGGCACCCUUGCAGCAGGCUUUUACACUCCAGGAAAAGAUGCUGGUGGUUUUAUCUGUUGCGACCACAUAACAACAGGUGGUGCAGCGUUUCAAACUGAAGAAAAGUUUAAGUUAUGGGAAGACUGCCUACAUCUUAGUGGAUUGACUCUCAUCAACAUCCCUAAGUACUCUGAAAAAACAAAGUCACAUGACAAACUGGUUUAUAAACCACAGGAGAUAGAGCAAACAGCACAGCAUGAGUCAUCUGACUGGCAGAGAAGAAUGUCAAAGCCCCCAUCUCCUGUUCAAAGAUGCAUUGAAGAAACAUCUGAUGGCAAGGAUGAAUCGCCAUCAGUUCAGGCAGGAAACGGGAAGAAUGAAGUGACCAAUACUGAGGAGUUAUUGGAGUUCUCGUCACCUUGUGUUCAAGUAACUGGAGAAAGUAAGCAGCUGGCAUCAGAACAGACUCCAAUUUCCGUGCCUGCACCCUUGGCUCAAGCUUCCCAAUCAGUGAGCGUCACCUCAGGCAGUUCCACUGUUCAAAGUCAGUCUUCCCAUUUUUCAUCUAACACGAGGCAGAGAAGUCCUAUAAAAACCAAUCACCCAUGGCUGGGAAUCAUUCAUCCCGGACCAUGGACACAAUUGCCUCCAGUUCAAUCACCAGGACCACCCGUGCAUUCCAAACGUGGCCCAAAUGGCCAAGUGUAUUGGUACAGACCAAAAGUCCCUCCUCCCAAUCCUUUUAGUGAAGACCUGGAGGAGGAAGAUGCAGUCAAGACAGAGCUACAGCUCAAAGAUACUCAUAUUAGAGAUACCAAUCAACCUAAAUGUUCAGAUUUGGGGGGAGUGAAGAGGAGCAACAAAUUCCAGCCAGUGACCUCCAACGUCCCCAAAACAGUAAAUAAUAUUCCCCUUUUGACGAGAAGUCUUUCUGCACCGGCUGUUAAAUCGAAAAAGAUCCAUUUUGACAUGACAGGAGACAAGAAAUUACAUUCUUCAACACUAAGUGAGCAGGGUUGCAAAGAGAAGGAACAUUUUGAUGCAAAAACUGAAAUGACCAAAUCAAAGACUUGCCAGGCCCUCACAUCUGGACGGGCCCCUGCUCCAGGACAUGGCUUCCCACUCAUUAAAAGGAAGGUGCAGGAAGACCAGUAUGCUUCUGCAGCAGAACUACAGGAGGAAAUGAAACAAUUGAAGGAACAAUUAGAGGCAAUGGAAGAAAAAGGCGUCGAGCUGGAGAGAAAUCUCAGAGAGUGCAAUAAUGACGAAGAGGAAGAACGUCUACUGACCGAAUGGCUUGCUCUUACUCAUGAGAGACAAAUACUGAUGCGACAAGAUACUGAGCUGGUUUAUUUGACAAAGCAGAAAACAUUGGAAGAGAGGCAGGCCGAUGUGGAAUAUGAACUUAGACGUCUGCUCAAUAAACCUGAAAACAUCUGGAGUGAAGAAGAUCGAGGUCAUGAGCAAAGUCUGAUGGCUGAGCUGCUUGUCAUUAUCGAGCAGAGGAACCAGAUCGUCAGCAUUUUGGAUCAAGACAGAAAAAGGGAGCGACAAGAGGAUGUACUUUCAGAAGGGAUGAUGACCAGCCACGGUUAGAAUAGCUCCAGAAAGAAGGGUUGAAAGAGUUCAAGAAAUCCAAAGGAAAAUUCAAGCCCUCCAAGGUUUUUAAGAAGCGCAACCAGAAAGGCGAGCGCACCAACGACUCCGUGGACUAAAAGAGCUGAAGCCUUUUGACUAAAAGAGCUGAAGCCUUGUUGACGCUGCAGAUAAAUCGCAAAGAAAAUGUCUAAAACCACUGAUUCAAUUAUUCUUGUACAUGAUGAUGUGUUAGCUCUAUUUUACUGUACUGUGGCUUUAAACGGAACGUGAAUGAAAAAUAAGUCACACUGAAAAAUGUAUCACUCUCAAAAGUGCAACUUUUAAGUCAGCCUAAUGCCAAAGUUAUUUGAGUCAUUUUGAAUAUUUUAGGAAAGCAAGAAUAAACAUGAGAAAGUCAACAACCCCUCCACCCCCACAAUGACUCCGGCAAUUUACUAUUCGGCUCAUGCAAUGCAUAAGCAGUGUGUAAUCAUAUGGGGAAUUGCAAUCAAUAUGUGUGUUUUAUUGCAGAUAAAUAAAGUAAUAUUGUGGGGAAAUGAAUUUGUUUCAGCAGUUAAGAAAAGCAAAUGACUAUCUUGACUACACACAGAGUGAAAUGAUUUAUUUCUUUAAAAUUUGGAUGAUGAUAGUUUACAGACACACAACGUUUGUACAAUUUUCCAAGAUGUAUACAUGUAGAAAUAAAGAAAUACAGUGAAGAAAAUAAGAAUUUGAACACCCUGCUGUUUUGCAGGUACUGCAACUCAGAAAUCAUGAUGGAGUCUGAAAUUUUGAUUGUAGGUGCAUGUCCACUAUGAAAGAGAUCAAAAUCCAGGAUUCACAAUGCAUGAUAUUUUAACUAUUUGUGUGAUACAGCUGCAAAUAAGUAUUUCAACACCUGUCAGUCAGCUAGAAUUCUGACCCUGAAAGACCUGUUAGUCCGCCUAUUAAAAGUCCACCUCCGCUCCAUGUAUUAUCCUGAAUCAAAUGCACUUGUUUGAGGUCGAUAGCAGCAUAAAGACACCUGUCCACCCCAUACAAUCAGUAAGACUCAAACCUGUAACAUGGUCAAGACCAAAGAGCUGUCCAAGGACACCAGAGACAAAAUUGUUCACCUCCAUAAGGCUGGAAAGGGCCAUGGCGCAAUUGCCAAGCAGCUUCGUGAAAAAAGGUCCACUUUUGGAGCAAUCAUUAGAAAAUGGAAGAUGUUAGACACGACUGUCAAUCUCAAUCGGAAUACUACCGUAUUGGGCCGAAUAUAAGACGGUGUUUUUUGCAUUGAAAUAAGACUGAAAAAGAGGGGGUCGUCUUAUAUUCGCGGUCUAUAUAUUAUGCCUAUUCACGACGCUAUAUGGUGCCAGAUAUCAUUGAAUCCCUGUUCUGUCAUGACAGAUCUCAGCUACUCCCCCCAUUCACGACGCUAAAUGACGCCAGAUAUCAUUGAAGCGUAGUUCUGUCAUGACAGAUCUCAGUUUGCAUUAUUUUAUUGCAAUGUUUUUCCUUGUUCAGAUUUGUUUCAAGA